AUGUCUGAGUACGAGAAAUCUGAACUCGAGCACAUCUCCGACCAGGAGACUGGUCCAUCCAUCGAUUAUAACAACUGCUCGUGGCAAAGGGCCGCUGGGCUUUUGUUCUCCGAAUACAUUUGCUUGGCCAUCAUGUCAUUUCCUUGGUCAUAUUCUGUUUUGGGGUUGAUUCCGGGCCUUAUUUUGACGGUUUUCGUGUCGCUUACCGUUCUCUAUACCGGCUUGACUAUCACUGAAUACUGUAUUGCCUACCCCCACAUCACCAGUGUGUGUGAUAUUGGAAAGCAUUUGUUCUGGAACUCCAAUGCUGUGUGGUAUGCCACUGCUGUAUGCUUCUUGUGCAACAAUACCUUGAUUCAGGCGUUGCACGUUUUGGUGGGUGCAAAAUACUUCAACACAAUCUCCGACAACACCGAUGCAGUUGGAGGUAAGCAUAUUUGCUCCAUUGUGUUUGCUGUCGUGACUACCAUCAUUUGCUUCUUGAUUUCCUUGCCUAGAACCUUCUCGUCCAUGCUGUCUAUCGCUUACUUCUCUGCUAUCACUAUGUUCAUUGCUGUGGUUUUAGCCAUGGCUUUUGCUGGUGUCCAAGAUCAUCCAUACGGAUUUGAUGGAACUCCAGUGACGUACCAUUUGUGGCCAAAAGAGGGUACAACAUACGUCGAGGGAAUGGGUGCCGUGUUGAACAUUGUCUACACCUUCGUGGGACAAAUUACCUAUCCAUCGUUUAUUUCGCAAAUGAGAGAGCCAAGGGACUUCAAGAAAGCUCUCUACAUUGUCACCUUGUGCGAAGUUAUUACCUUUGCGUUGGCUGGUUCGGUGGUGUAUGUCUACGUUGGUAACCAGUACAUUACAGCACCUGCUUUUGGGUCCCUCAUUGGAAAUUACAAGAAGGUUGCCUUUUCUUUUGCAUUACCAACUAUUCUCUUCUUGGGUUCGUUGUAUUCCAACGUUUCCUCGCAGUUUUUAUUCCUCAAGAUCUUCUCCGAGGACUCCAAGAACAGAAACAGCCACACCGUGCUUGGAUGGGCUACCUGGACCGGAUUGAACUUGGGCUUAUGGUUGAUUGCAUUCGUGGUGGCUGAGGUCAUUCCGUUCUUCUCUGAUUUGCUUUCUUUGAUGUCUUCCUUGUUUGACUGCUGGUUUGGUUUCGUAUUCUGGGGUGUUGCCUACUUCAAGUUGAUCAGGUACUAUAACCCGGAAACUUCGUUCACUUCGUAUUUCAAAACGGCUUCUUUGAUCACCAAACUCGAGAUGAUCGCCAACGUCAUUUUGGUCAUAAUUGGUUUGUACAUUUUGGGACCUGGUCUCUACGCUACCAUCAAGAGUAUUGUCUUGUCCUAUGAAUCUGGACUCUAUGGCAGUCCGUUCACAUGUGUCAGCAAUGCUGUCUAA